AUGAAUCCGCUGUUUUCUGGACCAAUGGGAAAGUCUAAGCAGUCUUCGUUCUAUAGCAACAUAACUCAUGACCCCAGUCAAAAACAAUCUAGUAACGCCUUCAGUGAAAGGAGAGACGGUGCACCUGCACCGCACAAAAAGCCAAGAAUAUCUGACCAAGCAAAUGAAUUGGACCCUUUCGAUGAUUUUCCUGAGUUUACCACAGAUGAACUGGAACAAGUCGAAGCUAUAGAAUUAAUGGCAUCUCAAAAAGUACAGAACAGUAAGACUCAAGAAUUGAGUGUACAUGUAUCUGAUAAUAAAAGCAAGUUUGCUUUUAAACCAGUAAAUACUACUAUACAAGAUGCUAGUUCAUUAAAUGUUGGGAUGUCUAAUCCGAAGCAGCAUGCCCGACAAAGUAAUCUGAAUUUUGUCUCUCAUGGAAAAAUCCAUCAACAGACUGCUUCUGCUACUGUGACUGCUUCCAUUUCAAAACCCAACAUUGACAUAGAUAGUACUGUUAAAAAUAAUGUUCAGUCCAAUAUUUCAAAGUACCCAGUAGUGCGUUCAAGUAGUUUCAAUUGUACAGCAGCAUCCAUGCGAAGUAGCUCUGCAACUACCUCUGCAAAGCAACAAAUGUCAGAGUCUAGAAAUGCAGUUGGUCAUCAAACUGGUCAGUUUUCUAAACUUGGUGGGACUGCAGCGAGUGCAUUGACACCUGGCAGUGGAUUUCUUGCUAAAGACUCACAUUCCUUGCAAGUUACUCAGGAGGGAAAAGCAUCACCAUCAUUGCUACAAGAGCUAAAUGCAUACAAGUCUGAGUGUGAGAAAUACAAAAAACAGUUAUCUAGUUUACAGGAAGAAAGAUACAGGAAAGAUGGGGAAAUCAGAUUACUAAGGGAAAAUUUAACUACAAGCAAUGAUGAACUUCACAAAGCACAGAUGGAGAAGAUACACCAGAAUGAAGAACUCAAAAAAGAACAGAAGAAAAAAGAAAAAGAGUUGGAUCGACAGAUUGAAAACAUGAAAACACAACUGCAGUUUAAAGAAAUGGAGAUUGUUGAAAUCCAAGAUAAGUAUAAAAGUUUGGAAAAUAAACACAGAGCUUUGACUGAAAGUUCAAACAGUAUCACACCGAAAAAUACACCACAGAUUUCUCAGGGUCCGUACCACCUCAGAACUGAACAGCUCAAAGAGGGCUCACCUGCCAAGAACAAAGGGGACCAUUUUCCUACCAGGAAGUCAUUUCAUGCGCAUACUCUUCCAGUAACACCACCACCAAAAUCUCCUCGAUUUAAACCAAGAACCUCAGCUGCUGCUUCUCCCAGCCAUGUGUCCAGUCCCAGUAGAAGGGGCAGUGGUGACUUCCAUGCUCAAAACAGACAUACCAAACUGAAGCAGGGUAGAAAAAUUAAUGUGAAUGCUUCUAGAGCAUCUUGCAGUUCUUCCCAACUUGUGAGUAAGUUAUUGACAUUAAGGAAUGAUACAACUUACAGCAUUGAAACUGGAAAUUCCCAAGGUUUGAUUACCCUGUUACAGCUACCAGUAAUUAUGGACCAUCAUGCAUCUGCUGAAAUGGAUGCUGAGAUAUCACCCUUGACAGCUGCCAGAAGUCCUAAAAGCCAGUCACCAGGGAGAUGGUCACCCAUCAGAUUAACCAGUGUUGAAAACCACAGCAAAGCAUUACAAACAAUGUCAUUGCUUUUGAGUCGAAGGUCAUCAGAUACACCACCAAAACAGCUUGCGUCAUGUAGUAAUACCAGUGCCUUAGGACUUCUACCAGUUAUACAAGAUCAUCUUAUCAAGUACAUUGACAUACUACAUAGUGUAGCUGAACCAACAGCAACCACAAACUCUGCAUAUUCCAGCGUGAACUCUACUGACAGUCUAAGACUCGCUGAAUCUGAAAACUGGGCAUUUAUUCAGACAGAGAAAGCUACACUGAACUCACUUAGAAUCUUACAUGUAAUGAUAUGCAAUAGUUGUUGCAUACGUACUUCCUUGCUGAAAGGUAGCUCUGAUACGAUUUGUGAGACACAUAGUAGUGGACAUACCCAAAGAACUGGUUCAUGUAAUGACACAAGUGUUAUGGAGAUUGAUCCAUCGGCACCUCUCAUACCAGACACUCAAGUAGCUACCCAGUCAAAGUCAGAAUAUCCUACUCACAAGGCAGAGGUACUCCCUACAUGGUCAGAUUGCCAGCUGAAACAGAUACCGACUAAUAGUAUUUUAAUUAAAGUUUUAAGAAUAGCAUCAAUACAUAAUAUGUAUGGACAGAGUGGUACCAUGAUAGAAGCCACAUUAUCUGUACUAUUAUCACUAGCUGAAAACAGUCAAUAUAUCCUACUAGAUAGGUUACUACCACUUUUAACUGAUGGAACGCUUCAAAACUGUUUGUCUUCUGAUAGUAGUUAUACUAUUGUAUUAACUGGACUCAAGUUGUUGAAUGUCAUCGUAUCAAACAGAACAGUUGUAUUCUCACUCUGCAAUCAGUCUGAUUCCUGUACUCUGUUACGGUUAUAUCAGCUGUGUGUUAAUGGAGUUGAUGGUGCCACAGAAGAACAGUGGAUAGCAGUAGAGAAAAAGAUACUGCAGUUUUUCUGUACAGUGUUUUCAUGUCACCAUGGAGCUGUAUCACUAUUGGUGGAGAGUGACUGUGACUGUAGUAUUGAGCUUGUCAAAUCUAUCAUAUGUAUGAUGUAUAAAGAGUAUGCAGCGUACAGUCGUAGAACUCACAAAUCUGAUAAAGAAACAAACAAUGAUAGGUAG